AUGUCUGUGGACGCCAUCACCAACGAAGUCAAGCUGCGAGUCUACCUAUCCGCAAUUUGCCCCAUCAUGAAGUACAGAUCGGAGACUUGGGCAGCACCAUCUACGGUGAUGGAGAGGAUGUGCCACGAUGAAGACCUUUACGCAGAAAUUGAUGUGGUAUACCCGCGGAUGACACGUGCAAGAUAUCAGCAUCUUGCACCGCCAUCGAAAGUGGCUAAACGAUGUUCGGGUUCGAGUUGGAAAAAGCCACCUGGCCGAAAACGGAAGUUCGGAAGGACUGAGGUGGUGAAAGAGGACCUGAGGACACUCGGCGUGGAUAGGCAGUUCAGGAGUAGCGACGAAUGGAUUGAUUCUGUGCAAGCUCUCGCAGAAGAUCGAGAAGGAUGGGCAGAGCUGUGUUCAAGAACGGCCUCGGUGAAGAUGCGAGUAAUCGCGUGGGGGCGACGACCUGCGGUGAAAGCUAAGCUCGCCGUAGCAGGGCUGCUUAGUUUGGGGAAACGUCUUUUUGCCACUCUAGCAUAUUCACUGCCCCAGUACCCUGCACACCGGGCCCUGCCUCCUCAAACGUCAGACGGCAUGGAGACCGACGCUGACCUGCAUGCCCUUCUCGGAGCUGCAGAGCGUAUCAAAUUUCACGUGAUUGCUCUGCAGGAGACCAAGUGCAGAAGGAGCGACGUACGACAGAUGAAUGACGGUACAUUCGUCAUUCGUGAAGAGAAGGUUCCGUCCCGAAAUGUAGGCGGUGUUGGCUUUGUUGUGCACCCAUCUGCCGUCCAUCUUGUCGAUUCUCACGAGAUCAUGUCACCUCGUCUGGCCAUUCUUCGCCUCCGCUCUCUGCGAUAA